AUGGCGAUCAAACCAUCACAACAAGUCGGAUGCGGAACAGGGGUUUCGUUGCUAAUCGGUGACAGUGCGGUGACUAAACGGCCUCAAUUGUCUCGGUCAACUUUCUGUUGCAGUUUUCUCGCUUUCGUACACCAAGGAUCAGGGCCCUUGAUGAAGGGCAGUAGGACCGCCUCGCACGGAAGAGGAUCAGGACUCGCAAUCCCCCACGAGCUUGUUGUUCUGGAGAAAGAUAGGAAUUGCUCGGUGAUGGACCAAGUGCUCCUCCAGGCGUGGGUUUGGGCGGCUAGACCAAAGGAAGAGAGUUCGCCUUUUAUGAAGCCUCUUGAUGGCCAUGCUUCAUGUUACCAUUGGUUCGAACUGCAGCUUCUAGGAUUGCUCGGCCUCGACGAAGACACGGUUGAACCGCCCACGUACCCUCUCGAUCUUAUGCGACGGACCAUUGGCUUCUCGUUGCGUGUCAGCCUCCUCUAUGGGUUUGGGGAACCUGAUAGGCACAGUUGGUGCACGGUAAACGGUCCAAGCGGUCAUAUCUUUCUGCGUGUAGCCAAAGCAGCAAGCCGUGAUAGUUGCACGUUGUCGGGAGGGAAGACACAGCCUCAAGGAAAGUAUAUGAAGCCAGGACCCAUAUGUUGGGAUGACUCAAGUAGCUUGUGA